AUGCAAUGCAUCCCCAAGACCCACAGCUUGCUCACUUUUGAACUUCCGCAAACCAUGACAAGGAAAUUCCUACUGCUUUCCGUGGCGACGACAACCGUGACGGCUACGCGCUCCUUGGGCGAUGGCGACACUUGGGACUACCUUCCAGCUCUGAUCUUCAUAGGGGCGGGGUCCAUUGGAGGGAUUUUGGCGCUGGGUGUGAUUUUUGCCGGUGUCAAAGUCAUGAAACUCUCAACACUGCUGAGCACAUGCUGGCUGUGCUUCUACUUUGCCUACUUCAGUGGACGUGGCAUGGUCGUGACAGUUGCCGCAGUUGUCGCCAUUCUCAUCGCUGUCGUUGCUGCGGUCAAGGCGUCCUCGCCUGUCAGCCACUUUGUGUGUGGUGCCGCAGUCGUUUUAUGCGUGGCUGAUGCCAUUACGUAUGUCGUGCAAGUUGAUGCCUCGUUUGGUGGCAAAGAAAGCUGGAAGGAACACAUGAUGGUGGCAAGCAUCCCGUGUGUCGUAUACAGCACAAUACUUGCAUUGCUUGCACUUGGCCAUGGCGUGUUCGUGGCCAAGUUUGUGCGGCGGGCGUGUCCAUCGCUGUGCUUGUUGCUCGGUGGUCUGUCGAAAACGGAUGGUUCUGCUUUGGCGGAGCUGUCGCUGUAG